AUGUCCCCUGUGCGUCCUGGUAUAGAGCGCAUGGAGCAGCCACAGGUGGGCUCUCCUUCUGCACUGUUUGAAGAGACUGAGGUGAAGUCUCUGGUACGUUCUCCACGUGAUGCGCGCAUGGAUGUGCGCAUCGCUUGUUUAAAGUACGAGAGGGAGAAGGAGGAGCGUGAGUUUCAUCUAAAGUGUGAGAUUGCAUUAAAGCGUAUUGAAGCGGAGGCUGUUACUGCUCGCGAAGUGGCCUUUAAAAAGAUAGAGGCUGACGCUGCGCUUAGGAUGCGGCAAUUGGAGUUGCAAUCGGCGGGUCGCAGUCCAGUUUCCUCGUCACCUGUGUCGUGGUCCAAGGCUCAUAGUGCUAAUGUUAGUCCUGCGCACGUGGUUGGAGCUUUCCCUGUAGCUGCUCGUGACCAGUCUCCAAUUGAUGGGGUGGAGUCCAUCAUGUGGAGCGACAGUGCAGGUGGAAAAGUGUGUCCCAUGAGCGUUUUGACCCACGCUCAGUCUGAAAGAGGUGUUGGUGCGCCCUCGUGUGGACGGCCUGAUGACACCACGGUUUACAUUGAGAAGCCAGAGUUACUCACUUCUGUGUCCCCUCCACCCACAGAUAAGGCUGGUCAGAAGUUCAGUCUGGCUGGACUUGUACCACAACACCCUGGUUUCCCUGGCCCUGAUGUCCGACCCGGAUCAACGGCUGCUGCGGGGGCGCUGCUGACUGUAGACUACACCGUUCGUAUCAGCACUGGAGUGGAAAGGACCAUGUUGUGUCUGAGGCCUCUUGGCGUCACAGGGGACUUGCAUCAUCACUUGGGUGGUGGUGGUGGCACCCAUAUGCUCUCCCACUUUGUGAAUUAG